AUUCUAGUGAUCUCUGAAACUUCCGAUCAUUCUGUAAUGGCGAACGUCUCGGUGGCCGCGGAGUGGCAGCUCCUCUACAACCGCUACUACCGCAAGCCCGAGGUCUACCGCAUGACCUGGAGCCACGUCGACCUCAGCCGCAACAAGGUCGCCUGCGCCCCCUUCGGCGGCCCCAUCGCCGUCAUCCGCGACGACUCCAAGAUCGUCCAGCUCCGCGGCGAGUCCGCCCAGCGCAAGCUCCGCAUCUUCAACUCCUCCGGCCUCCUCCUCGGCGAGACCCUCUGGAAACACCCCGGCGGCCGCUUGAUCGGCAUGUCCUGGACCGACGACCAAACCCUAGCCUGCCUGGUCCAGGACGGCACCGUCUUCCGCUACAACCUCCACGCCGAGAUCCUCCUCCCCAACAUCUCCAUGGGGAAAGAGUGCUUCGAGCGCAACGUCGUCGACUGCGUCUUCUGGGGCAGCGGCGUCGUUUGCCUCACCGAGUCCAACCAGCUCUUCUGCAUUUCCGAUUUCCACAACCCGAACCCGGUCCAGCUCGCCGACCCGGGGAUCGAGGACCCGCCCUACUGUAUGGCCGUGAUCGAGCCGCAGUACACUAUGUCAGGCAACGUCGAGGUUCUGCUCGGGAUCUCCGAGCCUUGGGUUUUGGCGGUGGAGGAAGACGGCGUCCAGCAGUUAGGCGCUGACGUCCUCCGUGGACCGCUGCAGAAGAUGGCCGUCUCUCGCGACGGCCAAUGGCUGGCUUCGUUCACUCACGACGGUCGCUUGUUGGUCAUGACUUCGAAUCUCAAUGAAAUCCUAAUUGAGCAGGAAUGCGAGUCGGCGCUGCCGCCGGAGCAGCUAGCGUGGUGUGGGAUGGACACAGUGUUAUUGUAUUGGGACGAUAUACUGUUAAUGAUGGGUCCUCGAGGGGAUCCGGUGCGGUAUUUUUAUGAUGAACCGGUUGUUCUCAUUCCGGAAUGUGAUGGAGUGAGGAUACUGUCGAAUUCCAGCAUGGAACUUCUUCAACGAGUGCCUGAUUCGACUGAAUCGAUAUUUAAAAUUGGGAGUACGUCGCCUGCCGCUUUGUUGUUUGAUGCUUUGGAUCAUUUUGACAGACGGAGUGCUAAGGCUGAUGAAAAUUUACGACUUAUACGGGCAUCCUUGUCGGAGGCUGUUGAAGCAUGUAUUGAUGCUGCCGGUCAUGAAUUUGAUCUCUCACGUCAAAAGACACUGCUAAGAGCUGCAAGCUAUGGUCAAGCCUUUUGCAGCAAUUUUCAACGUGAUCAUAUUCAAGAGAUAUGUAAAACUUUGCGAGUAUUAAAUGCGGUGCGCCAUCCUGAUGUUGGAAUGCCUCUUACUAUUCAACAAUACAAGUUGCUUACACCAUCUGUUCUGAUCGCUCGUUUGAUUAAUUCCUACAAGCACCUUCUUGCACUAAGGAUAUCAGAAUACCUUGGAAUGAAUCAAGAAAUGGUGAUAAUGCACUGGACAUGUUCUAAGAUAACAGCUUCCCUGGCAAUUCCUGAUGCCACUCUCCUUGAAAUCUUACUUGAUAAGUUGAAACUAUGCAAAGGAAUAUCAUAUGCAGCAGUUGCUGCUCAUGCAGACAAGAAUGGCCGCCGGAAGUUAGCCGCUAUGCUUGUUGAACAUGAACCGCGGUCCUCCAAACAGGUUCCCCUCUUAUUGAGCAUAGGAGAAGAAGACUCAGCUUUAAUGAAGGCAAUUGAAAGUGGUGAUACAGACCUUGUGUAUCUUGUUCUGUUUCAUAUCUGGCAAAAGAGAGAGCCUUUGGCUUUUUUCAAAAUGAUACACCCGAAACCCCUGGCACGCGAUUUGUUUGUGAUAUAUGCACGGUGCUAUAAACAUGAAUUUUUGAAGGACUUCUUCCUAUCGGCUGGACAACUUCAAGAAGUGGCUUUCCUUGUGUGGAAAGAAUCUUGGGAACUUGAUAAAAAUCCAAUGGCAAGCAGAGGAUCUCCCCUGCAUAACCCUCGCAUUAAACUGAUUGAGAGCACCACUAAACUCUUUGGAGGAUUUAAGGAGAAGGAGUCCAGUAGUCUAUUCGGAGAACAUAACAAGGAUAAGGACUUUACCUUUGAAUUAAAGGCCUCUGAGGAACAUGCAAAAUUGUUGAGAAUGCAGCAUGAUCUAGAAGUGUCUACAAAGCAGGCUAUUUUUGUUGAUUCUAGUAUCAGUGAUACAAUUCGUACUUGUAUUGUGCUGGGAAACCAUAAAGCAGCAAUGAAAGUAAAAACUGAAUUUAAGGUUUCUGAGAAGAGAUGGUAUUGGCUGAAAGCUUUUGCUCUGGCUACAGUUCGAGAUUGGGAUACCCUGGAGAAGUUUUCAAAAGAAAAGAAUAGACCACCAAGUGGUUACAAGCCAUUUGUUGAGGCAUGCAUUGAAGCAGAUGAAAGAGGGGAAGCUUUGAAAUAUAUCCCAAAACUCACGGAUGCUCGAGACAGAGCUGAGGCUUAUGAUCGGAUUGGCAUGGCCAGGGAAGCAGCUGAUGCUGCCUCUCAGGCAAAUGAUGGGGAAUUGCUUGGUCGACUAAGAUCGACGUUUUCACAAAAUCCUGCAGCUUCGUCAAUUUUUGAUACUAUUCGAGAUAGAUUGGGCGUUUCAUAGUUUUGCUUUCACCACAAUUUUUUUUGUUUUUUGUUUCAGUGUAUGUGUCCAUAUUCAGAGGUACAUUGUACAUGACAGAUCGAAUGUAAAGGAAAUACAGUUGAGUUCAUGUGUUUCA